AUGCAUGUCCUCUUAGGUGACCACAAGGUCUCUGAUCUGAAAGAAGAUAUGUUAUACUCAUUGAAAAUAUUCUACCUCCUACUAUUAUCAUCAUCAUCAUCAUCAUCAUCAUCAUCAUCAUCAUCAUCAUCAUCAUCAUCAUCGACAUCAUCAUCGACACCACUACCUCCCACCUCUCGUUACCACACCAUCACCCAAAUGACUCCUACCUCCCUCCCUCUCUCGUUACCACCAUCACCCUUAUGACAUCCCUCCUCGUUACCACCAUCCCCCAAAUGA